AAGCUAAUGAAUACAGAUAAUUCUAAAUUAACAAUUACUCCUUUAGGGGCAGGAAAUGAAGUUGGUCGUUCAUGUAUAUUACUCUAAUAUUGUGAUAAAUAAAUCAUGGUAGAAGUAAUUAAAUAUUUAGUUUGAUUGUGGGAUUCAUAUGAAUAAAGAAAAUAAAGGUGUUAUGGCAUUGCCUUAUUUUAAUAAGAUUGAUAAAAUAGAAGAUAUAGAUUUAAUUCUUAUAACACACUUUCAUUUGGAUCAUUGCGGGGCUCUUCCUUAUUUUCUUAAAAAUUAUAAGUUUAAGGGCAAAAUUUAUAUGACAACUCCAACAAAAGAGAUUUAUGGAUUAGUGUUAAAAGAUUCAAUUAAGGUUAAGAGUGAAGACUUUAGUUAAGACUUAAUAAACGAAUAAAGCAUAGAAUAAUCAUGAA